AUGACCGAUUACGGGGAUCAAAAGUACGAUGUGAACGGUUAUUACGGAGAAGAUGUCGGAUAUGAUGACGGGGAAGGGGUUGAUCAGGACAUUACUUCGGAAGAUUGCUGGAAGGUCAUCAGUUCAUUCUUCGAUGUCAAGAAACUGGCCUCUAUGCAGAUCGACUCGUUCAACCACUUCAUGAGAUCGGGGUUGCAGGAUCUGGUCAACGAGAAGGGAGGAGUGACACUGGACCACGCGCAAAACAUUGAUGAAGAUGAUCCCAAUCCGGUUGUUAUCAAGAGACAUGAAGUCAAAUUCGGCAAGGUCACACUCAGCAAGCCCAACAUGGUGGAAGGAGAUGGUGUCACGACGGAUUGUAUGCCACACGAAGCGCGAUUACGAAGCCUAACGUACGCGAGCCCUGCGUUUGUGAAAAUGACGAGAAAAACAUACUACGCGAAAGAGAAGCCCUGGGAUGACGACAGCGCGGAUCAAGGCGUCAUGAAGGAGGAUGGGACCGAGCUGUUCUGGCGAGAAGGCACAGACGAGGAUGAUUACGACACGGAGCGAGAGGUCUACAUUGGCAAAAUCCCCAUCAUGGUCAGAAGUAUGACAUGUCACCUGAUGAGCGACAGAUUUCAAAGCGAGAAGGAUUUGUUCGCCUGGGGAGAAUGCCCUUAUGACCAAGGUGGCUAUUUCAUCAUCAACGGGAGCGAGAAAGUCCUGAUUGCCCAGGAACGAAGUGCUGGAAACAUUGUUCAGGUCUUUCAGAAGGCCGCUCCCUCCCCAUUCACCCAUCUUGCCGAGAUCAGAUCGGUCAUCGACCGGGGCGCCCGGAUGAUGUCUCAGUGCACGGUCAAACUAUUCCGGAGAGUUGAUGGUCCUGAUGGAACCAAAAUCGAUAACCCGAUCCGAGUUCAACUUCCAUACGUCAAGCAGGAUAUCCCGCUGGUCAUUGUCUUCCGCGCCUUGGACAUUGUUUCCGACGCCGACAUUUUGGAAAAGAUCUGCUUCGACCAAAGCGACCAGGAAAUGAUGGAUAUGCUAAUGGGCUCUCUCCAAGAAGGUCAACCUAUACAAGGUGCCGACCUGGCGAGAGAUUUCAUCGCUCGUCGGGGAAAUGUUCCGACUCUGAAGAGUCAUGAGCGACAAAAGCACGCAACGGACAUCUUGCAGAAGGAAUUCCUGCCUCAUAUCGGACAAGGCCCCGAUGCUACGGCACGAAAAGCAUUCUUUCUGGGGUACAUGGUCAAUCGACUUCUGAAAUGCGCUCUUGGACGAGCGGAACCCGACGAUCGAGAUCAUCUCGGAAAGAAACGACUGGAUUUGGCGGGCCCGCUCAUGACCAAUCUCUUUCGCUUGCAAUUUGAUAAGGCCACCAAAGACUUCUAUCGCUACAUGCAGAAGCGUGUGGAGGCGGGCCAGCCGAUCAAUAUUAUGGCCGGCUUCAAGCAUCCAAUUAUUACCAGUGGCUUGAAAUACUCUUUGGCCACGGGCAAUUGGGGCGAUCAAAAGAAACUGGACAAGGCGAAAGCCGGCGUUUCCCAGGUUCUCAGUCGCUACACUUUUGCCUCCACUUUGUCCCAUCUUCGCCGGACCAAUGCUCCCAUCGGACGAGAAGGUAAAAUUGCCAAGCCUCGUCAAUUGCACAACACCCAUUGGGGCUAUGUGUGUCCGGCCGAAACUCCCGAAGGGCAAGCUUGUGGUCUGGUCAAGAAUCUGUCUCUCAUGUCAAUGGUCACCAACUCUUAUGAAACUGGACCUCUCGUCAACUACGUUAUGACAAAGCAUGUGGAGGCACUUGAAGACUGGGAACCUCGUCUCAAUCCUCAAGCUACCAAGGUCUUUGUCGAUGGCGUCUGGUUUGCAGUGGUCUUGCGGGAUCCGAAACGCCUAGUUGAUGAUCUCCGAAAGCUUCGGAGAAAGGGGGUGUUCGAUGCCCAAGUCAGUUUGGUGUGGGAUAUUCGGGACAAGGAAUUCAGAAUAUCGGGUGACUCAGGCCGAAUCGUUCGCCCCUUGUUCGUCGUCGAAACGGAUCGGUCUUCCGAAAAUCUCGGAAAUCUUGUUCUGAACAAGGAACAUAUCAACAAGCUCGAUCAAACCGCAUACCUCAAGGAAAGCGGCUUCCAGUUCACCGACGAAGUUCGACCUUAUGGAUGGACCGAUCUGUUGGAAAAUGGUGUCGUCGAGUACCUGGAUGCCGAAGAGGAGGAGACGGCAAUGAUCAUCAUGACACCCGAAGCUCUGGCCGAUUCGAAAGCCAAAUGGCUGGGCAUGGAGAUUGAGAACGAAGAUGAUCCGUUGAGGAGGAACGAUCCGCUCCUGAACCCUCACGCACAUACCUUCACCCACUGCGAAAUCCAUCCGAGUAUGAUCUUGGGCGUCUGCGCGAGUAUCAUUCCCUUCCCCGAUCAUAACCAAUCGCCUCGUAAUACCUACCAAUCGGCCAUGGGUAAACAAGCCAUGGGCGUUUUCCUCACGAAUUUUGACCAGCGCAUGGAGACCAUGGCCAAUAUCCUCUACUAUCCUCAGAAGCCUUUGGCGAGGACGAUGGCUAUGGAUUACUUGAAAUUCCGAGAACUCCCAGCCGGUCAAAAUGCCAUUGUUGCCAUUGCAUGCUACUCAGGCUACAACCAGGAAGAUUCCGUGAUCAUGAAUCAAAGCUCCAUCGAUCGCGGCCUUUUCCGAUCUCUGUUCUAUCGAGCUUACCAAGACGCCGAAAAGAGUGUGGGACACUCUGUGGUGGAGCAGUUUGAAAAGCCCACGAGGGCCGACACCCUCCGUCUCAAACAUGGUACCUACGACAAGCUUGAUGAAGAUGGUAUUGUGGCUCCAGGUGUGCGUGUGAGUGGUGAAGAUAUUAUCAUCGGCAAGACGGCUCCGAUGGCUCCAGACGCCGAAGAAUUGGGUCAGAGACAAAAGCAACACAUCAAGCGUGACGUCUCAACGCCCCUGAGAUCUACCGAAUCUGGAAUGGUUGAUCAAGUCAUGCUUACCACCACGGCUGAAGGUCACCGAUUUGCCAAGGUACGCGUGAGGACCAUCAAGGUUCCCCAGAUUGGUGACAAGUUUGCGUCGCGUCAUGGCCAAAAGGGUACCAUUGGUAUCACCUACCGCCAGGAGGAUAUGCCUUUCACCAGAGAGGGGAUUGUCCCUGAUCUCAUCAUCAAUCCACACGCCAUUCCCUCUCGCAUGACUAUUGCUCACUUGAUCGAAUGUCAGCUGUCCAAGGUUGCCACCCUCCGUGGCGAUGAAGGCGACGCUACUCCAUUCACCAAAGUCACGGUCACACAGAUCUCGGAGCUCCUGCGCAGAAUGGGAUACCAGUCACGCGGCUUCGAAGUCAUGUACAAUGGACACACCGGUAGAAAACUAGUGGCCCAAGUCUUCCUGGGUCCAACCUAUUAUCAACGACUCCGACACAUGGUCGAUGACAAAAUCCACUCUCGUGCCCGUGGUCCUACCCAGAUCCUCACUCGUCAACCUGUCGAAGGUCGUGCCCGUGACGGUGGUCUGCGAUUCGGAGAAAUGGAACGCGACUGUAUGAUCGCCCACGGCGCCAGUUCGUUCCUGAAGGAGCGCCUCUUCGACGUCUCAGACCCCUUCCGAGUUCAUAUCUGCGAUAUCUGCGGUCUCAUGACGGUGAUUGCCAAGCUCAAAAAGAACACGUUUGAGUGCAAGAACUGUAAUAACAAGAACAAGAUCAGCCAGAUCUACUUGCCGUAUGCGGCCAAGUUGCUGUUCCAGGAACUCUGGAGUAUGAAUAUCGCGGCCAGAUUGUACACCAAGAGAAGUCGUUAG